AAAGGAGUAUUUUAUAAACUCGUCGUCUUUGAAUCGUCAUUCUCUUAUCACUAUAUUUUCAGUAUUUGACAAUGAGCGGCGCACCACCACCACCGCCACCUUACAAUCAAGCUUAUAACGCAUAUCCACAACCUCCACAAGGUGUCUACACAGUACAACCCGGUGUUCCCAUCGGACAAGGCGUUCAACCAGCAUAUGCAGUAUAUUAUCAACAGCCUCAAACUGUCAUAGUUGACGACUGCCAUCACCAUCAUCAUCAUCGUGAACGGGAGCACGGGGGAGGAGGAGGCGAAAUGUGUUGCUUAGCUGGUUUAAUGGCUUGUCUAUGUUUUUUGUGUUUGAGCAAAUAAUUUUAAUUUGAUAAUCUGGUUCAUAAAUUUGCAAUUGAUAUAUAAAAAUCAAUUGAAACUUUGACUGGUUUUGCUAUUUCUACUUAGAAAUAAAUUCAGCACAAUUCUAC